UCUACUGAAGUUUAUUAAAUGCAGCGCUUUUUAAAAUGCUUACGCUUGGCAAAUAAUGUGCGUUACGCUCACAGCUCAAAGCAAAUACAUGACAUGAAGUUUUUAAAUGUAGCUGAGAAGAAUGAUGCAGCCAAGACCAUCGCCGGGCUUUUGUCCAAUGGCACAGCGCAUCGGCGCGAGGGCUUGUCGGUGUACAAUAAGAUUUUUGAAUUUGAGGCCCAAGUGCGUGGACGCAAUAGCAAAAUGGUAAUGACCUCCGUUUCGGGACACUUGAUGCAGCUUGAGUUUCUCCACUCUUAUCGCAAUUGGCGCAAUGUUGAUCCGCGUUCACUUUUUGAUGCACCAAUACGCAAAACCGUUGGCGAGAACUAUCAGCCCAUUAAGCGCACGCUGGAGCGUGAAAUACGCGGCUGCCAGGGUCUGAUCAUAUGGACAGAUUGUGAUCGUGAGGGCGAGAACAUUGGCUACGAGAUAAUAGACGUCUGUCGCGCCAUCAAGCCCAAUUUGACUGUAUAUCGUGCUACCUUCUCCGAGAUUACAACAGCAGCCGUACGUCGCGCUUUGCAGCAGCUGGGAGAGCCGGACAAACGUCAAAGCGAUGCGGUAGAUGUACGCUCCGAGCUGGAUCUGCGCACGGGCGCGUCUAUAACGCGCUUUCAGACCAUGCGACUGCAGCGUCUGUUUCCGGAGAAGAUUGCGGAUAAGCUUAUAUCCUACGGCAGUUGUCAAAUACCAACGCUGGGCUUUGUUGCUGAGCGUUAUAAAGAGAUUGAAGCGUUUGUCUCCGAGCCUUUCUGGAAAAUCAGAGUAAUGCACACAAUUGAUGAAUUGACUGUGGAGUUUAACUGGGCGCGCAAUCGUUUGUUUGACAAAGAGGCGUGUGAGAAUUAUUUGCUAGUUUGUCUGGCUGAGCCAGAGCCGCGUGCCACUGUUGAGAGCGUUACCGUCAAGCCCAAGCACAAGUGGCGACCUACGCCUUUGGAUACGGUGGAAAUGGAAAAGCUAGGCUCGCGCAAACUAAAGCUGUCAGCCAAGGAGACCAUGACAAUUGCAGAGAAGCUAUAUAGCAAGGGUAUCAUUAGCUAUCCGCGCACUGAAACCAAUCAGUUCUCCAAGGAGUUUGAACUAGCACCGCUUGUGCAACAGCAGACGGGCCAUUCAGAUUGGGGCGCCUUUGCACAGCGCGUGAUUGAAUGGGGUCCUAAUCCACGCAAUGGCAACAAGUCUGAUCAGGCGCAUCCUCCCAUACAUCCCAUUAAGAUGGUAGACAAUCUACAGGGCAACGAGGCACGCGUCUAUGAGCUGGUUGUGCGUCACUUUCUGGCCUGCGUCAGCAAGGAUGCUGUUGGCUCUGAGACAAUUGUGAACAUAGAUAUUGCUGGCGAGAAGUUUAGCGCCAAUGGCUUGGUCAUACACGAGCGCAACUAUUUGGAUGUUUAUGUAUACGACAAGUGGAGCGCCAAGCAGAUACAUGCCUAUGAGCGUGACCAGCGCUUUGAGCCAACAGAGAUCUUACUGCAUGAGGGCGCAACGACGGCGCCGCCGCUGCUAACCGAAGCGGAUUUGAUAGCGCUAAUGGAGAAGCACGGCAUUGGAACGGAUGCAACGCAUGCGGAACAUAUAAAUACCAUAAAGGAGCGUGGCUACAUAGGCGUGGUGGAUAAGGGCGCACUGGUGCCAGGUGUCAUAGGCAUGGGACUGUAUGAGGGCUACGAUGCGAUGGAAUUGGCAUUGGCAAAGCCGCUGCUGCGCGCAGAGUUUGAAGCGGAUCUGAAACGCAUUUGUCUUGGCGAAAAGGAUCCUGCACUGGUGCUGCGCGAGCAAGUUGAAAAAUACAAGCAAGCGUAUCAGCAGAUUAUGGAGAAAAUAACAGCCAUGGAUGAUAAGAUUGCGCAGCGGCUACAGGAAACACCCACAGCUGCGAAUGCUGCAGCUAAUGAUGCCGAUUCAACUAAUCAGCAAGCACGUGAGCUGUUCCAGUGUCCCAAGUGCUUGCAAGCGCCGCUGGCAUUGAAGCCGAAGAAACAAGCAGGCAGCUUCUUUAUAGGCUGCUUGAACUUUCCAGAUUGCAAGAAUGUUGUCUGGCUGUCCGAGGAGCUCAAGGAUAUAAGCGUGCUGGAUGAAUGCUGCGCCAGCUGUGGUGCUGGCUAUCAUAUGCUCAAGUUUCGUUUCAACAGCGCCUACUAUCGUGGCUUGUUUAAUGCACCACAUGGCUGGUAUAAGAACUGUUUGCGCUGCGAUGAAUUCUUUCGCAGCACAUUCAACAUAAAUAUGGAUCAGGUGAAGCGUGUGGGCGGCAUUGUGGCACAGUCAACGGGCUCAGGUGGCGGACCACCUCCUGGACCUGGAGGUGGUGCAGCAGGUGGAGGUAGACCUGGUGGCGGAGGACCUGCCUCAGGCGGUGGUAGACCUGCUGGACCAACAAAAACAGCAACUACUGACAACACUUGGGGCACUGGUGCCAAGGCAACUAAAACCAAACCCAAGCCACAACCCAAGCCCAAAGCAACUGCUAAGCCCAAGAAGCAAACUCAAGCCGGCGGCGCAGGGAACGCAGGCAGCAUACGAAGCUACCUUACCAGCAGCACAGCAACUGACACUCAAGAGGCGAACUCACUCGAUGGUUUCUUUGACAGCAACGAUGGCUUCGAGCAGCAAUUACUUGCAGCAGCGACACAGGCAGAGACGGCGCAAGCGCCUGCAGCUGAGCUUGACGACGACAUUGCCGCCGCCUUUGCUGCCGACGAUGAUGCAGAUUUUGAGGCUUUAGUAAAUGCGCCAGGCAGACCAGCUGAUAAUCUAGACAGCAGCAUUACGCAAAUUGUGCGCGCUGUCUACGAAGCCGAUGAGGCGCCCAUGGUUUGGGGACGUCAGGGACGCAAUGCUGCGGAAGCACAGCCUGCGGCAAAGCGCGCGCGUCUAAGUGAAGAAGCUGCUGCUGAAGUGCGCUGCACUGGCUGCCAUCAACUGGCGCGACAACAAACUGUGCGACGUGAUGGACCCAAUCAGGGUAGACUGUUCUACAAGUGUCCCAAGCCCAAUGAGUGCAAGUUCUUUCAAUGGGCAGACGAGCAGCCACCAACGACAACAGGAGCAGCAGCAGCAACUAGCAACAGUCAAGGAAGCAGCGCGUGGGGCAGUCAGAGCAGCGCUAAAAGCGCCAGCAACGCGCAACAAAAUAGUAACUGGGGCAGUAACAGUUCCAACUCAUCCGCCGCCUGGUCCAGCAAUAGCAAUAAUGCUGCAAAGGAUACUUGGGGCAGCAGUAGUGGUAAUGCUGCCGCCGCCAGGCCCAGCAAUAACACUAAUAAUUGCAGCAGCAGCAAUAACAAUGCCAGCAGCAGCAAUUGGGGACGCAGCAAUUCCUCCAGCGGCAAUGCAGGCACGCUUAUGCGCUCCAAUUCCAGCAGCACAGUGACCAUGACCCAAAAGCCCAGCGGCAAUGUUCAAUGCAAUUGUGGCAAACCCGCCAGCAGUUUAACUGUGCGCAAGGAUGGACCCAAUCAGGGACGUCCCUUUUAUGCUUGUCCCACGCGCGAAAAGUCAUGCGGCUUCUUUCAAUGGGCAGACACCGAUGAGCAGCCAGGCAGCAGCUGGGGCAGCGGUGGAGCCGGUGGCAACUCACGAUCAACUGCAGCUUCCACUUCUGCUGCUGGGAGUCGCACACGCAAGUGCGGACUUUGUCGCCAGGAAGGACACACACGAAAUAAAUGUCCACGCAAGGCAGAGAUGGAUUUGUAAUUUAUAAACAUUUAUUAUU